UCUACUCAAAUAUUACAUUUCUUUUCCUUCAGGAGGAAACUUUUGGCCAAUAAUGCAUUCCAGAUAGUGAGCGCAGUCGAUUUUUGAGACACUGUCCGUCUUGAGCCCCAUACACACACUGCUUAAGUCAGUCCACUCGCUAAUGCUGGAGGAAAUACAGCUUUUAAUCACAUUUCACGGGCAAUCUGACACAAACACACCCGACUUCAUCGCUCAUAUGUGGAGUUUAUUUGGGAUUCUGGUCUGAUCCGAGCUGAACUUUGAGCUGUUUGUGUUUUUUACUGCUGCUAAUGUUAGCCUGCUAGCUCUUAAUCUGUGUUUAUAAACCUAAUCAGGCAAAAAAAUGAAGAUCACAGUGGAUUUUGAGGAAUGUCUGAAGGAUUCGCCAAGAUUUAGGGCGACGAUCGAGGAGGUGGAAGGAGAUGUCUGUGAGCUUGAAUCCAAACUAGACAAGCUGGUGAAGCUGUGCAUCGGGAUGAUCGACGCUGGAAAGGCGUACAACACGGCCAACAAGCAGUUCGUGAGCGGCAUCAGAGAGCUAGCGCAGCAGUCCGCCACUGAUGAUGUCAUCGAGUCCAGUCUGAGCACGUUUGCAGAGAAUCUUCAAGAGAUGAUCAACUAUCACACAAUUUUAUUUGACCAAGCACAGCGAUCGAUCAAAUCUCAACUCCAGACAUUCAUUCGAGAGGACCUGCGCAAGUUCAAAGAAGCCAAGAAGCAGUUUGACAAAGUGAGCGAGGAGAAAGAAGCGGCUCUGUCCAAAAACGCCCAGGCUCCCCGAAACAAGGCGCACGAGGUGGAAGAGGCGUCCAACAUCCUGAACGCCACGCGCAAGUGUUUCCGCCACAUUGUCCUGGAUUACGUGCUGCAGAUUAAUGUGCUCCAGUCCAAGAGGCGGUCAGAAAUCCUCAAAUCGAUGCUGUCCUUCAUGUACGCCCACCUGACCUUCUUCCAUCAGGGCUACGACCUUUUCAGUGAACUCCAGCCUCUCAUGAAGCAGCUGACGGGACAGCUGGACCAGUUGGUGCUGGACGCCACAAAAGAGAGGAAGGACAUGGAAACAAAACACUCGACUAUUCAGCAGAAGGACUUUUCAAAUGACGACACCAAGCUGGAGUAUAAUGUGGAUGCCGAGAAUGGGAUCGUCAUGGAGGGAUAUCUGUUCAAGAGGGCCAGCAACGCCUUCAAAACCUGGAACAGGCGGUGGUUUUCCAUUCAGAACAAUCAGCUGGUGUACCAAAAGAAGUUUAAGGAUAAUCCUACAGUGGUGGUGGAGGAUCUGAGGUUGUGUACUGUCAAACACUGCGAGGACAUCGAGCGCAGAUUCUGUUUCGAAGUUGUUUCUCCGACAAAGAGCUGCAUGAUGCAGGCAGACUCAGAGAAACUGCGGCAGGCCUGGAUUAAAGCCGUCCAGAACAGCAUCGCCACCGCGUUCAGAGACAAAGCAGAUGAUGCAGAGAAGAUGGACAGAAAGUCAUCUACAUCUACAGGCAGUCUGGACUCAGCUGGAGACGUGAAGGAGAAGUGUGUGAAGGGUGAGAACGCUCUGCAGAGGGUCAUGGCAAUCUCUGGGAACAGCAGCUGCUGUGACUGUGGCCAGCCGGAGCCGCGCUGGGCCAGCAUCAAUCUGGGCAUCACACUCUGCAUACAGUGCUCCGGCAUACACAGGAGUCUUGGCGUUCAUUUCUCGAAGGUCAGAUCUCUGACUCUGGACACUUGGGAGCCUGAACUGCUGAAGCUGAUGUGUGAGCUGGGAAAUGGGGUCAUAAAUCAGAUCUACGAGGCCCGACGAGAAGAACUAGGAGCCAGGAAACCAAACGCAGGAGAUCCCAGGCAUGAAGUGGAGGCCUACAUCAAAGCCAAGUACGUGGAGCGAAGGUUUGUGCAAAGACGGUCCGAAGACCAGAUCAGACAGAAGGUUUUAUUACUGAGUAAAGAAGAUAAACAUCCCAGUGGCUGCUCGGACACACAGCCGACAAGAUCACUGUCCAAACCUCGGCUAGCCUCCAGUUCCUCAGUGAGGAGUUCAGAUGGAGAGGCUCAGACUCUCACCGAGGAGAGCAGAGAAACAGUCAACGCCAGCGCAUCAAGCAGCACAGUCAACCACACAGAUGAUGAGGGCUGCUGUGGGAAGGCUGUGGUGGUUUUCUGCGAGCCUCAGCAGGCGUCUGCGGGUCUGCAACUGUACUGGGCGUCCUUCAGCCGCAGUCUGCCUGAUAUGGCUGAAGCUCUGGCUCAUGGGGCACAGGUCAACUGGACCAACACUGAGCAGGACAGCAGGACGCCGCUCAUCAUGGCCGUCCACGGGGGCUCUCUGGUGACCUGUGAGUUUCUGCUCCAGAACUCAGCCAGUGUGAACCAGCAGGACAGUCAGGGUCGAGGGCCGCUUCACCACGCCACCAUCCUGGGUCACACCGGGCAGGUGUGUUUAUUUCUGAAACGAGGAGCCAAUCAGAACGCAGCAGAUGUGAAGAAUCAGACGCCGCUUUCCAUCGCAGUG